UUUAUUGUGAAAAACUCUCCUCCACAGUUCUUGUGCGGGUAAACAAACGCGGGAUUUGUUCCAAUUCGCAGGUUUAUAUUUUCGCGGAUCACAAAACAAAACAGAGCAACACGAAUGAGAAAAAGCAAAUGUAAAGUUUAAACUAUGGUAUAAAUGAAGAAGCAGUUUGAUAACAAACUUAUUAGUGAAUAUACUCGACUGCUUGAAACAACGCCAUCUUAUUCCGAAGACAUGUCUUCAACGCAAGUUUUUGAUAGUGGAAACAACGAAACAUCUGAUAACAACAGACCUCCUCCUGAACAAAAAGAAGGCUUCUUGAGUAAAUUGCGGAACAGAAGAAGUGUAAACAGUGAAGUCAACGAUAGUAGACAACCCCAGCAACAUGAAUCAAGGCCACCACCUAAUGCAGAUGUGACAGAGGAUGAAAUUGAGGAAGAUGAGGAAGAAAUGUUACAUUAUGGUGCCAAAAGUGUAUUAAUGUUAAUUGUUCCAGUUUCGAUCUGUCUUCUUGUAGUUGUGGCGACCAUCACCUCUGUCACCUUUUAUACUCAAAAUGCUGGACAGUAUUUAGUUUACACACCAUUUCACGAAGACGGUGAUAUAUCUAAAACAGAAAAGUUUGGUCAAGCCCUUGCCAAUUCAUUGAUUGUAAUAGCAGUUAUACUUGUGAUGACUGUCUUUUUAGUUCUUUUAUACAAAUACCGAUGUUAUAAGGUCAUUGAGGGAUGGUUGGUUUUAUCUUCAUUGAUGCUGUUGUUCUUUUUUAGUUACAUCUAUUUUCAAGAAUUGGUUAGAGUAUCCAAUUUAGCGAUGGAUUACAUCACUAUGUCCUUAAUUAUCUGGAACUUUGGUGUAGUAGGAAUGUUUUGUAUACAUUGGAAAGGACCAUUGUUACUCCAACAAGGAUAUCUUAUACUAAGUAGUGCCUUGAUGGCCUUAGUCUUCAUCAAAUAUCUUCCUGAUUGGACGUUGUGGUUAAUUUUAGCUGCUAUUUCUUUAUAUGAUUUAUUUGCGGUGCUUUGUCCUAAUGGUCCAUUGCGUAUGUUGGUUAACAUGGCGCAAGAAAGAAACGAGCCGCUCUUCCCAGCUUUAAUUUAUUCUUCCACUGUUAUGUAUUCUAUUGCAAUGAGCGAUAUAGAUGAACCGAAUCCUACCUCCAGGUCUAAUAUCCGCUCCCAGCAAGAACAAGAACAAGAACGACCAAAUGAAGAUGGUGAGAAUAUGGUUGCUGCUGAUGACAACACGCACGCUUCUGCUGCGAGAGUCUUAAAUGGUAACCAUCCUGAGCAACCUUCUGCGGAUGCUCCCGAAGAAGAACCGGAAGAAAGAGGAGUCAAACUUGGUUUAGGCGAUUUCAUCUUUUAUAGUGUUUUAGUUGGAAAAGCGUCGUCAUAUAAAGAUUGGAAUACAACUAUAGCUUGCUUUUUCGCCAUCUUAAUAGGUUUGUGUCUAACGCUGUUAUUACUGGCCAUAUUUCGAAAAGCGUUACCGGCUCUACCUAUCUCUAUUACAUUCGGAUUGGUGUUCAAUUUUGCUACUAGUUAUUUCGUGCAGCCGUUUACAGACGCAUUAAGCAGCGAGCAAGCAUUUAUAUGAAAUAAGUUAUUGAAGAAACGACGCGGGAAGUCCGAUCUCAAUUCUAGAGAAGUAAUCUUCAAUGCUUUUGACAGAACCAAGAAAAUCAACUUGCACCAAAUUUGUCGCAGGGUAAAAGAUGUUGGACGCGUAAGCCGAAUGGCACAAUGUUUUAUAUUUCCAAAUCUAUUUUUCUCUUGACUUUACUAUCAUACGCCAUUUCUAUUCUAGCGAUCCCAAUCAGCUCUCUUCGAAAAACUACAUCUUCUUCUGCUAGCCUCAUCUGGCGUUUUACGAAUGUUCGAAAAGAUUUUAACGUCAUCUGAAAAGCGAAACUAUAUUGUAACAUGUUCACUUGCAAAGUUUUUUCGUUUCAGAGUAGAGUAAAAAUAUAAGUACUAACAAAGAAGUUGCGACCAGUUUUAGUCAUCUUGCUCUGCUUCGGUCAUUUUAAGACCGUUUUUAGACACACAAAAUCUAAAGUUUAGAUAGCUUGUCUUAUCAUUAUACAGUGCCCAGUAUUAUUUUUUAUGACUAUAAUCAGGUAUCCGAAGUUCUUAAAAAGGAUUGAUUCUUUUCGAAAAUUUGUUCUCUAUACAUCCUGUGAUCGAUUUCAUUUAAAAAUUGUGUCCAUUUUGGUGUUAUCUAGUAUUGUAAUAACGGUAUUUCGGUGUAUAAGAUAUAUGCCUUUUUCGAAUUCGUUUUCAUAUAUAAACUUUAUAUGUAAUAAAUACAAGUCUAUAUUUCUGUUACAUAACGAGGAUAAUGAAUUUGUAUGUGAAUAAUGUAAGAAUUACAAUUUUAGAUUUUCA